AUGGGACUACACAUGAAUGGGAGCGCUGAAGAAGUAAGCUAUGCAAAAAACUCUUCACUUCAGCGAAAAGUGAUAUCUGUGACAAAACCUUUGAGAGAUGAAGUCAUAACUAAUUUGUAUUGCAACACACUUCCCAAAAGCUUGGCAAUUGCAGACUUAGGAUGCUCUUCUGGACCAAACACUUUAUUAGUGAUCUCAGAAUUUAUCAAGCUCGUGGAAAAUCUUUGUCGCAAAUUUAAUAAAAAAUCUCCCGAAUAUAAAGUCUUUAUGAAUGAUCGAUCGGAGAACGACUUCAACAACAUAUUUAUGUCUGUUGACACCUUCAAAGAAACACUAGACCAUGAAAUGAAAACUCAAAUAGGUCCUUGUUACUUCUUUGGGGUUCCUGGUUCCUUUUAUGGCAGGAUUUUUCCAGAUAAAAGUUUGCAUUUUAUUCAUUCCUCUUCCAGUGUUCAUUGGCUUUCAAAGGUUCCAGAUGGUGUAGACAACAACAAAGGCAAUAUUUACCUGUCAAGCACAAGCCCUUCAAAUGUCCUCAAGGCUUACUACAAGCAAUUUCAAAGAGAUUUCUCUCUUUUUCUCGAGUGUCGUGCCCAAGAAUUAGUUGAAGGUGGUUCUAUGAUUCUAACUGUUAUAGGGAGAAAAAAUGAUGAUCCAUCAAUUCAAGAGUCUUGUUGUAUUUGGGGUCUCAUGGCAAUAGUUCUUAAUGACAUGGUCUUGCAGGGAAUCAUCGACGAAGAGAAACUCGAUACUUUUAACAUCCCAACAUAUUAUCCUUCUCCAUCUGAAGUGAAUAUCGAAGUUCUCAAGGAAGGAUCAUUUGCAAUCAAUAAACUGGAGAUUUUUGAAGUGAAUUGGAAUGAUCUUGAUUGCUGGGAAGCUUUGGACAUUGGAUCUGAAAUGUCAAAAUCAUUCAAAGACAAUGGAUACAAUAUGGCACAAUGCAUCAGGGCUGGGAUUGAAUCUUUACUAGUUUGUCACUUUGGUGAUAGUGUCAUUGAAGAGAUUUUUGACCGGUAUAAAAAUAUUUUAAAUGAUCGAAUGUCUAAAGAGAGAACCAAAUUCACCUAUCUUACCUUAUUGUUGACUAGAAAAUCAUGA